GGACUCAGAUGUGUGUGUGUGUGUGUGUGUGUGUGUGUGUGUUUCAGAGACAGAUAUCUCCCAGCGCUUUGACGCUGGCUCUCCCCACCUGCCAUGGGACCAUCCCUACUAUGACAUCGCCAGGCAUCAGAUCAUUGAAGUGGCAGGUGAUGAUAACUUUGGCAGGAAGGUGAUAGUGUUUAAUGCAUGCAGGAUGCCUCCUCAGCACCAGCUGGACCAUCACAAGCUGCUGAUGUAUCUUAAAGGAACACUGGAUCAGUAUGUUGAAAGUGACUACACUCUGAUCUAUUUCCAUCACGGGCUGACCAGUGAAAACAAACCCUCUCUCGGCUGGCUACGAGACGCAUACAGGGAGUUUGACAGAAAGUAUAAGAAGAACAUCAAGGCUCUGUAUAUCGUCCAUCCCACCAUGUUCAUCAAGACGCUGCUGAUCCUCUUCAAACCACUCAUCAGUUUCAAGUUUGGCAGGAAGAUCAACUAUGUGAGCUAUCUGAGUGAGCUGGAGGAUGUGCUGAAGUGUGAGCAGCUGGUCAUUCCUGCCCGUGUCAAAGAGUACGACAACAAGCUGAGAGCGUCUCUGAAACCGUCCGCCCAGCCUCCCAUGUCUCCUCCUCACAGCCCUCCCCUCCCCAACCAGGUGUUCGGGGUGCCACUUGUAUUGCUCAGACAGAGGAAUCCAGAUGAUGACCUCGUUCCUGUGGUGAUGAGAGACACCAUUAGCUUCCUUUCAGAGCAAGGUUUGGAGAUUGAAGGCAUCUUCAGACGAUCUGCCAACGUGACUCUGGUGAAGGAGGUCCAGCUCAGAUACAAUUCGGGUGAGACGGUGAAUUUCAGAGAGAUAGAAGACGUCCACUUGGCUGCUGUGAUUCUGAAGACAUUCCUGAGGGAACUACCGGAGCCUCUGCUGACCUUCCAGCUCUACAACGACAUUGUCAACUUCACCUCUGUAUCCAGUGACAGCCAGGGGGAAAUUAUGAAGGCACUGGUAGAGUCGCUGCCAGAAGAAAACUAUGCAUCACUGCGAUACCUCGUCACAUUCCUGGCACAGGUAUCAGCCAACAGUGAAGUGAAUAAGAUGACCAACAGUAACCUGGCUGUGGUGUUUGGUCCUAAUCUGCUCUGGGGGCGGGACAACGCCAUGUCACUCAGCGCCAUCGGGCCAAUCAACAACUUCACCAGAGCCCUGCUGGACCAGCAGCAUCUGGUCUUUACCUAAACCCUACCCCUUCAUCCUGCAGUCUCUCUUCCAGUAAGAAGCACCAUUUCCCAUCUCAUUUUGUCCCCCACCAGUCCUUACAUUGUGAUUGGCCCAUUAGCAGUGUCUUGUUGGACUGCUGCUAGCUUCUAGCCCGCAUUUCCAAACCAGGCAUGUGGGUGGAAAUGGUACAUACAUUAGACUGCAGCCACAUAACCCUCAAUAAACAAUAGCACACAAUUCAACAGCUAAUACGUUGUUGACUAACCAUCCACUCACACUGGGUCACUUUGACUAUGUUGGUUCCAGUGUGAAUGCAUGGUUAGUCUCACACAACCACUGGCUGCAGUUCGGUCACAUAGUACAUUUCUGACUCUUCCGCCACCCCAUUACACCCAACCAACCUUUCAAAACUUCCAGUCCUAAGUGCAUGUGUUUAUACCUGUCUCAGGCUGUCAUCCUUUAUCUCUGUAGGGAGAUUAAUAGCAGUUAGACGUGCCCAGUCAUGCUCUGUAUUCCUGUGCUGUGCUGUUGUCAGUCUGUCUCUCUGCUGUUUUCUAUGUAGUGCCAAAAAACUGCAUAAUCAACGAUAACACAGUGCAGUUAUCAAACGUCCCCUCUAGGAUUAUGAUCCCAAACUUAAAGAGAGGAGAGAUGAAGAGAAUGGAGGUGUGAACGUCUCAGGUUAAAUUACAAAUGGUGAACUUGGUACCAAAUGUUGUGGACAAUCUUUAAAUGCUGUAACUAUAGUAACCAGGAGAAACCGAGCUGUGUGAUUCCACCAGCAGGUCAUUAAUUGUUAGAACCCAAACACAGCUGUGCAUGUGGAUGAAAUGAGUGCUGGACCUGGACCUGGACCUGGACCUGGACUGAUUUCAGACUGAGGAGCUCUGUAAUAUACUGUACUAUAUCCUAAUAGUGACUGAUAUUUAUGAUUCUUUAUGGCUCUCUCAUUACUAAAGGCCUAUUUGACUUUAACAUUGUAUUAAUAAUAUAAUCUCUGUAUUUCCACACUUUUUCCCAUCA